AAAAAAGCUUUAGAGGAGAGAGAGAGACCAAGCCCUAAACCCUCGCCUCCUUUCGCUGCGCCGCCACAGCUCGCCGACUCAGGCGGCGGCGCACCGACGGCGAGCUACCGCUGAACUCCCUCAAUCCCACCUCCGUCGCCGGCGAAGAGUCUCGAGAAGGGAGGAAGAAGUCUGGCAGACCAAGCUGUUGCCUGUUGUUGUUCAGAGAAAAGUUUUCUGGUGGAGGUCUGGGUGAGCUUAUUAUUCUGGAGAUCGCUUGUGAUUGAGGUGGAGAAGCUAAUAUUGGUGGAACAAUGUCGGCGAAGUGGCGCUCGUUGCAGCAUCGGCACCGGUACACGUACACCUCACUUGUGUUCCCCAAGCAGUACCUUGAAGAACUAGCUCGUGUGCCGACUGAGGUGUCCUCGUCCAGUUUCUUCUCCCAAUUGAACAAUUUGAUCUCUCUCACCUCCACAUAUGCGCAAGUCAUUGCAGUCAAGGACCUUGCCUCAGCAUUUGUGCAGUUUCUUUCAAGUCCAGCCAUCCCUGAUGAUGCUGUUCUUGUUGCAACAAAACUUUAUUUGGAGAUUCUCUUCCUUGAGAACUCCCUACCACUCCAUCGGACAAUCAUAUCUGUGCUUGCCAAGUGCAAGAAACACUGUUCAUUGAUCAGUGGAUGCUUUGCUACGCUCUGUGAGGAGUAUGGUGGCUCUGGUAUCAAGGCGAAGAAAAGAUUUUUGGUAUCUCGAGCAGCAUUAUCGCUGAUUGGGUACCCAAAGUUAGGUUUUUUGGAUGAAUCAGUCAAGAAGUGUGCAGAGGUCAUGGCACUAGAUGUGGUUGCUGGGCUUGAUGGGGUGAUUAGUGACAUAGUUGAUGGGUCCCGACCAUCGCCAGUUGUGAUGGAGCAGUGCCAAGAGGCUAUGUCUUGCAUGUACUACUUGCUGCAGCGCUACCCUUCUAAGUUUACUGAACUUGACAAAGCAUCUACUGUCUUCAAGCAUGUUGUUAGGACGAUACUGACUGUUCUCAAGUCAUCAGCCUUUUCUAGGGAUUGCCUGGUGGCCUCUGGAGUUAGCUUUUGUGCUGCAAUUCAAGUUUUCAUGAGUUCCGAGGAUAUUUGCUGGUUCCUUUCUGAAGGUCUCUUUUCUAUUUGCGCUGAACAAAAAGACAUCAAAGAGUCAGCUGGACAUGAGGUGCUUUCUGACUUCAAUUUGUGUGAAGAAAUCAGAGAUAUCUCAAUUUUGAGUAGACUUUGUUUGCUGAGAGGGAUUUUGACUGCUAUUCCAAGGACAGUACUCAACAUGCGUCAGCUUCAUUCCAAUGGAUCCUUAUGGACUAUGUUGUACAAUGGGAUUUUACCUGAGCUUUGCAAGCACUGUGAGAACCCAAUUGAUAGCCAUUUCAAUUUCCAUGCUCUUACAGUGACUCAAAUAUGUUUGCAGCAGAUAAAAACUUCAGUUUUAGCUGAUUUCACUGACUUCUCUGGAGACUAUGAACCUUUCUCAAGAGAUGUGAUCAACCGUAUAUUGAGAAUCAUAUGGAGUAACCUAGAAGAUCCUUUGAGCCAGACAGUAAAACAGGUGCAUCUCAUAUUUGAUCUACUAUUAGAUAUUGAAUCAUGUAUUCCAUCAGGAGAUCCUGAGGAAAACAGCAAACUGUUUCUCUUUAAUAUUGCAAGUGAUUUACUUCGCCUAGGUCCGCGAUGUAAAGGGAGAUAUAUCCCUUUAGCUUCUUUGACAAAGCGGCUGGGUGCCAAAUCUCUUCUAAAGUUGAAAUCAAAUCUCCUUUUGGAAACAGCUUAUGCUUACAUGGAUGAUGAUGUCUGUUGCGCUGCAACAUCAUUUUUAAAAUGCUUCCUCGAGACAUUAAGAGAUGAAUGCUGGAAAGAUGAUGGUAUUGAGCAAGGGUAUGAUGCCUUCAGAUUUUUGUGCUUGCCUCCUUUGUUGCGGGGACUAGUAUCUGGAAAUUCAAAACUACGUUCUAAUCUAAAUACUUAUGCUCUGCCUGCUGCUAUCGAAGUUGAUGCAGAUAGCAUAUUUGCUAUGCUUGGAUUCAUCAAUGUUGGCCCAAGCGCAAAGGCAAUCGAACUAGAUGUUGCUUUGAAAAAUGACCAGUGUAUAGCUGCAUUGGUUUCACUGCUUAAGGUCUCUCGGAACCUUGCACUUGUGGAAGGGGACAUUGAUUUAGAUCCUGAUGUUUUGUCUCAGCAGGUAGCUAACAAGUGUGAUGCGGUUAUAUCUAUCAGAGGAAUUAAUGUUACAGUGCCUGUUAAAUGGUUUGUUUUAGCACUGACACACAAUGAAGAAAGCCUCCGAAUAGAUGCUGCUGAAUCACUUUUUCUAAAUCCCAAGACAUCAAGUCUUCCAUCCGCCUUGGAACUGAGCUUGCUUAAACAAGCAGUCCCAUUGAAUAUGCGUUGUAGCUCGACAGCAUUUCAAAUGAAAUGGACAAGUUUAUUUAGAAAGUUUUUUGCCAGGGUGCGAACAGCACUGGACAGACAGGUAAAGCAGGGUUUAUGGCUUCCAUCUUCAUUGUCUGGCGACAAAGAUUCUAAUUCUGUUGAUACUGUCAAGGCCACCACUAUCAAGAGAGCUGAAGAUCUCUUCCAAUUCAUGAAGUGGCUUAGCUCCUUUCUGUUUAAUUCUUGUUACCCCUCUGGCCCUUACGAAAGGAGAACAAUUGCAAUGGAGCUUAUUCUUACCUUGCUAGAUGUAUGGCCUAUUUGUCGCUCUGAAGGGAAGAAUGAUCUUUAUCCUUAUAGUGACAGCAUAACACUGCCAGAUUCAACAAUUUCAUUUGUAGGGUCUAUAAUUGAUAGCUGGGACAGGCUAAGGGAAAACUCUUUUCGCAUUCUACUGCAAUUCCCAACACCACUCCCUGGAAUUUCCUCGAGUACAUCCAUAGACAGUGUUAUCAGAUGGGCAAAAAAACUUGUACUUAGCCCACGAGUCCGGGAAAGUGAUGCUGGUGCGUUAACCUUCCGACUGAUAUUUAGGAAGUAUGUUCUAGAGUUUGGCUGUGUUCUUGUGUUUUCUAAAGAAAAUGAUUGCCUUCAAUGUUACACAAAAUCCACAAAUGAUGACACAGAACUGACUAGUCAAAACCCAGUUGCACAAUAUAUUUCAUCACUUAUUCAGUGGCUGUGUGCUGUUGUUGAAGAGGGUGAGAAGGAUCUUUCUGAAGCAUGCAAGAAAAGCUUUGUGCAUGGAGUUCUUCUUACCCUGCGCUACACAUUUGAUGAAUUGGAUUGGAACACUGAGGUAGUACAGUCAUGUAUUGCUGAAAUGAGAUGUCUUGUAGAAAAGCUUCUUCAACUUAUAAUGCGUGUGACUUCAUUGGCCCUGUGGGUGGUUUCUUCUGAUGCGUGGUACAUGCCAUAUGAUGUGGAUGACAUGAUUGAUGAUGAUUCCUUCCUCUCAGAUAUAAUAGAUGAGGAUCAACCUGGUACCGCUUCAGAAAUAGCAGAGACCAAUGUAAAAUCAGGGCAUAAUGGCAAACCAGCUGAGCAUGUUGUUAUGGUUGGUUGCUGGCUUGCUAUGAAGGAGGUUAGUCUUCUCUUUGGAACUAUCAUCAGGAAAAUUCCAUUGCCUGGUUGCUCUCAUUCAAAUUCAUCUCAUGGUGAUUUGGCUGAGAAUACAGAGGAGACAGGCAUGACUGGGGACAUUCUUGAUGUUGAACAGUUAGAGAAGAUGGGUAACCAUUUUCUGCAGGUUCUUCUUAAAAUGAAGCAUAAUGGUGCAAUUGAUAAGACAAGGGCUGGACUUACUGCACUUUGCAAUCGCCUUCUUUGCUCAAAUGAUUCAAGGCUAUGUAAAAUGACAGAAUCAUGGAUGGAGCUUCUGAUGGAUAGGACGGUUGCUAAAGGGCAAACUGUGGAUGAUUUGCUACGAAGGAGUGCAGGAAUUCCUGCUGCUUUUAUUGCCUUGUUCUUGGCAGAGCCAGAAGGAACACCAAAGAAGCUACUUCCACGAGCAUUAGAAUGGCUCAUAGAAUUUGCCAAAACAUCUUUAGCUAAUUUUCAGAAUGAUUCCAACCAGAAGCUUGACACAGAGAAGGAUUUUCUUGGAGAACCAUGUGAAUCACAAUCAGAAACUACUGCAGGUGUACAUUCUAAUGGGAACUUAUCUAAAAGCCGAAAUGAGGGUGUUGUUCCGACUGUGCAUGUGUUUAAUGUGCUUAGAGCUGCCUUCAAUGAUGCAAAUUUAGCGACUGACACUUCUGGUUUCUGUGCUGAGGCAACAAUUGUUGCUAUACAUGCAUUUUCAUCUCCUUACUGGGAAGUGCGCAACGCAGCUUGUCUUGCGUAUACUGCAUUGGUUCGUCGUAUGGUUGGGUUUCUGAAUGUGCACAAACGUGAAUCAGCACGGCGGUCAUUAACUGGCCUUGAAUUUUUCCACAGGUACCCAGCACUUCAUCCUUUCCUUCUUAGUGAACUGAAUGUUGCAACUGGACUGCUAGCUGAUGGAAUUUCGAGCAAUUUGGGGUCACAGAUUGCAAAAGCCAUACACCCAAGCCUGUGCCCAAUUCUUAUUCUAUUGUCAAGGCUCAAACCUUCACCUAUAAGCCGUGGCACUGAUGAUUCCUUAGAUCCUUUUUUGCUUUUGCCUUUCAUCCAAAGAUGCGCCACACAAAGUAACUAUCGGGUUCGUGUCCUUGCAUCAAGAGCCUUAAUUGGUUUGGUGUCUAAUGAGAGACUGCAGCAUGUUGUCGGUGAUAUACUGCAUAAUUUACCUUGUGCAAGCCAUGAAGUGACUGCUCACCGUGCUCUGUGUUUAUCAGCUGAUAUGGGAAAUGGAAAUUUAACUCUGCCCGCUAAGUCUUUCUCAUUCAAUUCAAUUCAUGGCCUUUUGCUGCAGCUGUCUUCUCUUCUAGAUAACAACUUUAGAGCUUUGACAGACAGUACCAAGAAGGAUCAGAUUCUUAGCCAACUGAUUGAGGCUCUCUCAAAAUGCUCCUGGCUUGGCAGUGUCAAGUUAUGUGCAUGCCCCGUUGUAAGUACAUCUUACUUGCGGGUGCUUGAUCUGAUGCUUGAUGUUGCAAGAACAGGGAAAAGUGGGCAUACUGAUGCCAUCCAGAUCCUCCUUUGGGAGUUGAGUUAUCAGUGUUUGAACAAUGGGACUUCAACUCAUUAUGCAUUCCAUGACCCUACGCAGAUUGAACUUCGCCAGCAAGCAGCUGCAUCAUAUUUCAGCUGUGUUGGCCUUCCAAAGAGACAUGAUGAAACUAACGAUGAAAAUGUUCAGUUGCAAAUACUUGAUAUGACUUCAAGCAUACCAGAGAUGCCUCGGGAGGUCUCCCUCUAUGAACUACAUAAGGAGAUUGCAUCUUGCCUUGUUGAUCCUGCAUAUGAUGUUAGAAUUACAGCACUGAAGAGGAUUCUUCAGCUUGCCAAAUCAGCCAGAUCUGGUGAUAGCAAAAAGUUUUUGCACCAGUGGGCAAAGUCCAACCUGCAGCAUGUUAUAUUAAAACGAAUAUUUGAGGAAGAACACCCCAAAUGUCUUUACUAUAAUCUAAAGAUCAUCUUUUCAUGGAACAUGGAAUGCCAGUUCAACAGUGAAGAAGAUUCCAGCACAUUUUUAUCCUUCUGGGACAGAUUAGUUCAUUUAAACAGCACAGUGUCGCAUGCAAAAACCAGAGAAACAAUUCUAUGUUGCAUGGGUAUGUGCAUGAGACAGUUUGCUAAAAUGCUAAGGGGAUUACUGGAUUCUAAAACACAUGAGCACUCUACUUCUUUUGUCAGAAUUGAUGAAGGGAAAAACUUGUCAACUGCCAUUCUUAGUGCAAGCUCUUUUGUCAAUCUUGUUAAGAACCUGAGUGCACCGUCUGAAACUGUAAAUGCUCGAAGGGCUGCUGCUGAAGCAAUUAUUGCGUCUGGUCUUCUGGAAGAAGCCAAUUUAUUUGCCCCAUCCCUGUCCAAUGCAUACCUUCCUUCGGAACAUGAUGAGAACCAUAUCGAGGAAAAAUGCUCAAAUGCUACUGUGAGUGAACUUAUCAAUCUUUAUUCAUGCAAGAUACUUGACUUAUGGUUCAUAUGCAUCCAGUUGCUGGAGGAUGAAGAUACAUACCUUAGACAAAAACUUGCCAACAAUGUUCAGAAAAUAAUUGCAAAGGGUUCAGCUAAUAACUUGUGUGAUGAUUCCACACCACUUCAAGUGGAUAGAGUGAUUGAGUUGAGCUUCGAAUACCUAACUUCUUUGCUUGGUCACUGGCUGAAAUACACUGAAUACUUGUUAAGGCUAGUUCUGGAUACCGCUAACACUUUGAACUCCCGUGGAGAUUUAAUCCGUCAGAUCUUUGAUAAAGAGAUUGAUAACCACCAUGAGGAGAAGCUGUUGAUAUGUCAGAUCUGCUGCUCUAGUAUUCAGAAGCUUUUGCAGUCCAAAUAUCUGGUGGAAACAGGAGCAGAAGUUGAACUGUUCUUGCAGAACUGGAGGGAGAGCUUUCUGCACCAGCUCAUAUCACUGACCAGCAGCUUUCUCGAGAAAGAAGGGAAAACUGAUUGGAUUGGUGGUAUAGGAAACCAUAAGGAUGUGUUCAUAUCAGUUUAUGCAAAUCUGCUUGGCCUAUAUGCACUUGCUCAGUCACAAUCUUUGGAACAGCUGAAGGACAGACACACAGAAUAUUUGAAGAACUUUUCAGACCUUGAUGGGGUUAUCACACCAUUCCUAAAAAAUCCUUUGAUCUCUAACCUUUAUUCGUUGGUAAAAGAAUCACACGAGACGUUCAAUUCCCCAAAGAAGCAAUGGGAUCAAGUAGGGAGUUCAGCAACUGAAAGUUUUGAUCCUUAUUUUCUUAUCAGAUGAUAUUUUGUCGUGCACAAGUAAUUUGUUGCCAUUGUAAUUCUAUUAUAGACGAAAUACAUUUUUUUCCUGAUACAAAUGUACCAGACAGGUUCCUUAUUUGAUGCCCACAGGUUCCUUAUUUGAUGGCCUGGGGCCUAGAUUUUAGCUAGUAAAUUUUUGCAGCCACCGUUGUAAAGUUUCCCUCAAAUAUGAACUUCAGUUUAGAAUCUGAGCAUUCUUCUCAGUUCCAAUAUUCACUGGAGUCAAACAACAACCAACAUUAUUUUUUUAACACCCUUAUUUUGGUCAUUAAGCAACCAA